CAACAAUUGAAACGAACGCCCGUCUAUGUCAUGUAUCCACCCAGGCACGCGCGUCGGAUCCAUUCAAUUGUCCAUUGCUAUCGAAUGUUGUUGGUGUUUGUUCCACGCGCAGUCGUCGAAAUGGUCGCCUGGUUGCUGGCGAUUAUCGUUUCCUCGAGAAAUAUUUUACUAUUGCAGAUAUGCGAAGCAGUGGAGUUUACGUCCCACAUGCUCUUAAUUGCUCAU